AUGCCUGGUCAGGACAAAAAGUUGAAGAGCACAGAAAGAGCAACAGACAAAAAACCUCAUGGGAUCUCUAUGAGGGAUUAUUCUGAUCUUAAAAGACUUCAGUCUCUCUUAAAUGUUCAGUCAAGGAACCAACAGCUUCCAGCUAUACAUUUUGAAAGUGGUCAAACCAGUGUGACAAAAGCUUGGCAAAAUGUCAAAAGCAAUGAACAAAAACCCCAUGGUCAAUGGCAAGAAUCAACAGAAGCUGUUGAGCUUGAAAACUUUAGUGUGACCUACAAGAAUGAGAGAAAUUUCAGCAAACAUCCUAAACAUAAGCUGUUUCAAGAGAUCUUUACAGCUUUAGUUAAGAACAGACUUACCUGCAGAGAGUGGGCUAAUCAAGCUCCGCCCAUCCAUUUUCUUAGAGUAUUAAUCUGCCUGAGAUUAUUAAUAAGGGAUCCAUGCUAUCAGGAAAUGCUCCACAGCUUGGGUGGGAUUGAAAAUCUAGCUCAGUAUAUGGAAACAGUAGCAAAUGGCUAUCUUGAUUAUGGAGAAAGGCAGCAUAAUGUAGACAAGUUGGUCAACAUGACAUAUAUUUUCCAGAAGCUUGCUGCUGUUAAGGAUCAAAGAGAAUGGGUUAUAGCAAGUGGAGCACAUAAAACCCUAGUAAAUUUGUUAUCUGCCAGAGACAGCAGUGUGCUUUUGGGUGCCCUCCUUGCUCUGACUAGCCUAGCAGAAAGUCCAGAAUGUAGGGAGAAGAUAAGUGAACUCACCAUUGUUGAGACCUUGCUGGUGAUAUUACAGGAAUAUGAUUUGCUUUCUAAAAGGCUCACAGCAGAGUUGCUACGUCUCCUCUGUGCAGAGUCACAAGUCAAAGAACAAGUAAAAAUGUAUGAAGGAGUUCCAGUCUUGCUCAGUUUACUCCAUUGUGAUCAUAUCAAACUUCUAUGGAGUAUAGUUUGGAUUCUGGUACAGGUUUGUGAAGAUCCUGAGACUAGUGUGGAAAUACGGAUUUGGGGUGGAAUCAAACAGCUCCUUCAUAUAUUACAGGGGGAAAGAAAUCUUGUUUGUGAUCGCUCUUCACUUGGAAGUUUAUCUAGUGCGAACGCAGCAGGGAGAAUCCAACAUCUUCAUUUGUCAGAUGAUUUGAGUCCUGAUGAGAUACAAGAAAAUACUUUCUCACUUCAAGCAGCUUGUUGUGCUGCAGUUACUGAACUGGUGCUCAAUGAGACUAACGCUUACCAGGUUGUACAGGCAAAUGGAAUAUAUACAAUAGCAAAGCUGAUUUUACCAAACAAAGAAAGGAAUGCUGAAAAAAAUAGUUUAUUACAGUGCUAUGCUUUCAGAGCCCUGAGAUUUCUCUUCAGUAUGGAAAGAAAUCGACAUAUCUUUAAAAGACUUUUCCCUACUGACUUGUUUGAAAUCUUCAUUGAUAUUGGACAUUAUGUGCGUGAUAUCAGUGCUUAUGAACAGUUGGUAUCAAAGCUAAAUUUAUUAAAGGAGGAUCAAUUGAAGCAAAUUGCUGAAAAUAUUGAGAGCAUGAAUCAGAAUAAGGCACCUACAAAACUUAUAGGCAAUUAUGCAAUUUUAGAGCACCUUGGCAGUGGAGCUUUUGGAAGCGUAUAUAAGGUCAGAAAACAUAACGGACAACAUCUCUUGGCAAUGAAAGAAGUCAAUUUACACAAUCCAGCAUUUGGAAAGGACAAAAAAGACAGAGACAGCAGUGUAAAGAGCAUUGUCUCUGAAUUAACCAUCAUCAAAGAGCAGCUUUAUCAUCCAAAUGUUGUACGGUAUUAUAGAACCUUCUUGGAAAAUGACAGAUUAUACAUAGUCAUGGAACUCAUAGAGGGAGUGCCAUUGGAAGAACACUUUCACUCUUUGAAAGAAAAGCAACAACAGUUUACAGAAGAAAGAAUAUGGCAUAUAUUUAUCCAACUUUGUCUAGCUCUUCGUUAUUUGCAUAAAGAGAAAAGGAUUGUUCAUCGAGAUCUCACUCCAAACAAUGUCAUGCUGGGGGAUAAAGACAAAGUUACAAUUACUGACUUUGGGCUUGCAAAGCAAAAGCAAGAAAACAGCAAACUUGCAUCAGUAGUGGGAACCAUUCUGUACUCAUGCCCUGAAGUUGUAAAGAGUGAGCCGUAUGGAGAGAAGGCUGAUGUCUGGGCUGCAGGAUGCAUUCUUUAUCAGAUGGCAACUCUGAACCCACCGUUUUACAGCACCAAUAUGCUCUCCUUGGCAACUAAGAUAGUAGGGGCUGUGUAUGAACCUGUGCCAGGAGGACUGUACUCUGAAAAACUGUCAUUUACCAUUAAGAGAUGCUUGACUCCUGAUGCAGAGGCACGUCCAGACAUAGUGGAGGUCAGCUCACUGCUCUCUGAUGUGAUGAUGAAAUACCUGGAUGUUUUAUCUACCUCUCAUCUCAUGUUGGAGAAGAAACUGGAUCGGCAGAGGAGACAAACCCAGAGGUACUUCAUGGAGGCUAAUCGAAAUGCAGUAACCUAUCACCAUCAGCUUUCUGUUUUAUCACAAAAAAAUUACGAGAAGUUGAGUCUUCAUAGCAGCAGCAGUGGAGCAGCCAGCUGCAAAAGUGAAUUAGAAAAUACUGACCUCCCAGCUGAAAGCGGUCAAUCUGCAUGUGGAAAAGAUGAGGAAAGAACAUAUGAAGAAAUGCUGGUAGAGGAUCACAGCAGUUUAGAGAACUCUGAGAAAGAUAUGUUCUCUGAAUUAGAUGAUGAGCUGGGCGUAUUGGACAACUUGAGCAGCUCCAGUUCAAGUCAUUUGAAAGAGUCUGCUAUUGGUAUAAUUAAACGAAGUUUUAGUGCUUCUGAAAGACAACCUCAGGUUAGAGAUUAUAUUGAAGGUCCAGGAUCAAGACUGCGACCAGCAUCAGCAGGAAUUGCUGUAUCACAAAGGAAGGUGCGUCAGAUCAGUGACCCUGUUCAGCAGAUUCUUAUUCAGCUGCACAAAAUUAUCUUCAUCACUCAACUUCCUCCAGCUUUGCAAUGCAACUUGAAAAGGAGAAUCAUUGAGAGAUUCAAGAAGUCCCUUUUCAGUCAGCAGAGCAAUCCUUGUAAUCUGAAAUCAGAAAUGAAAAAGCUGCUGCAAGGUUCUCCUGAAAUGAUUGAGCCCAGCUUCUUCACAGCAGAUUGGCAUGUGGUACUUCUCUCUUCAGGUGGGAAUAUGUUGCCUCCAGAUGAUAGAAAAGGUAUUGUUGGCACUUCUGACAUAGCAGGAGGGAUGACGUAUGAACAAUUGCAGACUCUAAUUGAAGAGGUUCUAGAGGAAAGUGGUUAUUACAAUUUCUCUUCUAACAGUCCAAAUGCAGCCGAUGAAAAUAAACUGGAGGCAGCAGUGUGCCAGGCAGAAGCAGGACUGACCAAUUUUUCACCUGUGAGCAGCAUUGAUAUGAAUGGUCCUCUUCUGAAGACCUGUAGGAGCCAGCAGCAGCACAGUAAACCCCAGAGACUUUUAUAA